CCUCCAAUUCCUCUCACAAUGACUGCUCAACAGAACGGUGCUACUGACAGCUUUACUGUCAAGGCCGGUUUGGCUCAGAUGUUGAAGGGUGGUGUGAUUAUGGACGUUGUCAAUGCCGAGCAGGCUCGCAUUGCCGAAGAGGCUGGCGCCGCCGCCGUUAUGGCCCUCGAGCGUGUCCCCGCCGACAUUAGAGCACAGGGUGGUGUGGCGCGCAUGUCCGACCCGGGCAUGAUCAAGGAGAUUAUGGAGGCCGUUACCAUUCCUGUGAUGGCUAAGGCCCGUAUUGGCCACUUCGUCGAGUGUCAGAUCCUCGAAGCCAUUGGCGUCGACUACAUUGACGAGUCCGAGGUCCUCACGCCUGCCGACGACGUCUACCACGUUACCAAGCACGGCUUCAAGGUCCCAUUUGUCUGUGGUUGUCGGAACCUGGGUGAAGCUCUCCGUCGUAUUGCCGAGGGCGCUGCCAUGAUCCGCACAAAAGGUGAGGCUGGUACCGGUGACGUUGUGGAGGCUGUCAAGCACAUGCGCACUGUCAAUGCCGACAUUGCUCGCGCUCGCGCCAUCCUGCAGUCCUCUGCGGACCCCGAGCCCGAGCUCCGUGCCUAUGCCCGUCAGCUGGAGGUCCCGUACGAGCUUCUGCGUGAGACCGCCGAGAAGGGCCGUCUUCCCGUGGUCAACUUCGCCGCUGGCGGUGUUGCUACGCCCGCCGAUGCGGCGCUGAUGAUGCAGCUGGGCUGUGACGGUGUCUUCGUUGGGUCUGGUAUCUUCAAGUCCGGUGAUGCCAAGAAGCGCGCCAAGGCCAUUGUCCAGGCUGUGACUCACUACAAGGAUCCUAAGGUCCUGGCUGAGGUGAGCGAGGGUCUGGGUGAGGCCAUGGUCGGUAUCAACGUCGCGCACCUGCCCGAGACCGACAAGCUGGCCAAGCGCGGCUGGUAAGCGGUGUUUGAAUUGGUGCUAUACAUGUCCUGAAGUUCUUCUAUCAUUGCGCGGGCGUUUUGAGAGAUAAAAGCAGGGGCAGCGGGUCAGCUUUUCUUGCAGUAGAUUCUUCUCUUCUUUUUAUCCCAUCCUACCAUUCUCGACAUAUCUUAAACUUUUUUUU